AUGGAAACGCUAAAUCCACAACAGAAACUGGCCAUGAAAAUGGCUAUAGAUGGCCAUAAUUUUACCAUUCUUGGUUCAGCUGGCACUGGCAAAUCAUCUGUUGUCUCUGCCAUAGCAGACAAAUUAAGAAACGAGCGGGAAAAUGUCGCACUGACAUGUUCAACGGGAAUUGCUUGUCUCGUUCCAAAGCACCAACAUGUUAUUGAACGUAUAAGACAGGCAGAUGUACUUAUCUUAGACGAGUGUUCUAUGAUAAGUAAACGAACUUUAGAGUCAGUGGCUGAAGUACUAGCUUUAAAAGAUGCAUCUGUCAUCAUCAGUGGCAUACAAGUAAUUUUAUGUGGAGAUUUUAGACAACUUCCUCCAGUUAAAGAUAUAAGUUAUGGUGAUGAUGGUUCUUACUGUUUUGAAGCUGCUUUUUUCAGUUCUGUUAUUCCACACACUGUUUUGCUCACUGACAUUGUACGACAGUCAGAUCCCGCUUUAAUCAGUGCUAUAAGGGAAAUGUCUCAUGGUACAGUGUCAGUCCAGACUGUAAACUUCAUCAGAUCACUUAGCAAAAUGCCUGCUGAAACUAGUUCUUACGUAGCACAUUUGUUUGCAAAAAAUGACCUUGUGGAUGACUUUAAUAGAAAAAACAUUCUAGACUUUCCUGGUCAGUUGUAUGAAUUUUUGGCAAAAGAUGAAGGAGUUGAUACAACAAAGUUAGAAAAACUGACUGUUCCAAAACGACUCUGGUUAAAAAUAGGUAUUCCAGUUAUUCUCUUAAGAAAUCUCACAGACAGGCUUGUUAAUGGACUUCGAGGGGAAAUAUAUGAUAUUGAUGAAGAUGGGCCUACUGUGGAAUUCAAGGAUAUGGGUGUAACAACCAAGUUAGCAAGAUACACAUUUGAAGCUGGGCAGUUAGGUGUUGCUAUGUCACGUGUGAGGACGGCCGAAGGACAGGCUAUUAUUAAUUUCAAUCCAAAAUACUGUAUUGGACAUUCCUGCACAGUCUCAUCGUUUUUAGAAAAAGAGUCUGCUGAAGUAUUUGAAGAUUGUAGAUGCUGCAAGAACUGCAAAAGAAAUGUUCCAGAGGCAGUUGUUAAUGUAGCACAGGAGUGUGUUGCAACUGAUGUAGACAUCAUGUUGGAUGACACUGAAGAAGAUGAAUUUGACAAAGAGUUUGAUCAAGUUCUGUUAAAAAUGGACUCAUAUGACCGUGAUAUUCACAGUUUUUCUGUACCUGAAGACUUUUCGGUCAAGUCUGUUUUAGAGAGUAUAAAGAUAACAAAAGCAGUUACAACUUCUCAAAUUUUUAUAAACAGUGUUCUUACCGAUUUACCACUGGAAAGAAUGACGAUGGGGAAACAGUAUGGGUUUGUCCUAUGUGUGGAAAUGCGGAUGAUGGCGUCCAGCACAUGA